UCCGGUAGCAACAUUGGAUUUCCCCCUUCCCUCUCAGUGGUGAAACGAUCUAUCAUCAGCUGUGAGAAUAUUGAGUGUUUACUGUAUACCUUUUGAUGAUGUGAAAAUUAAGGCAUCAUUGAGCUUAAACCGAAAAUGGGAAAUAAUGGCUCAGCGAGUUCAAAUCGAGGUGUGUCCGGCGACCUGAACUCGCUGCGGGCCGAGAGCCCACUGAUGUUCCACGAGACGCACGGCGACAACAUCCAGCUGCAGUACAACAACACGCGCGCACGCCGCUACGAGAGCUUCUGUAAGGGCAUCUGCUUCAGCAGCCGGCCCAUCGCCAUCAAUGAACGGGUUUACGUGAAGUUUGUGGAAACCAACACAUCCUGGAGUGGGGUGCUUCGGUUUGGCUUCACCAGCGUUGACCCGGCCACCAUCCGGGGCUGUGACCUGCCGCGCUAUGCCUGCCCGGACCUCACCAACAAGCAAGGCAACUGGGCCAAGGCGCUGGGCGAACGCUACACCACCAGCAACAUACUGCUGCACUUCAGUGUGAACCGUGCGGGCGACGUGACGUAUGGCGUGAACGGUGAGGAGAAGGGCCUGUUCUUCAGUGGGGUGGUCACCAACCAGCCUCUGUGGGCCAUGCUGGACAUCUACGGGAAUACAGUGGCCGUGGAGUUUUCACACGCCAAUGCUGGUGAGUUGGAUUCAACUGGGGACUUUUGUCUUUAUCGUGAGGGUCGUGUGACCAGGAGGCCAGCGUCUUAAUCUUUUCUCUAUAGUACUCAGGUGUCAUAUCCGGACAUGAAUUUAGAUUGUCUGUUAAUUGACUUUCAUAGAGAUUUUUAUCAUUCUCCAGUCUCCAAAUCUUCUUUCGAAAAAGGAAGGCUAGGCCUCUAUAGUUACACUAAGCAGCAAGUAGAUAUUAGUAAUAUAUUGUUCUACCAGUCAAGAGAAAGGGAUUUUGUGUGGUACCCCUUUAGACAUCCACGUGCUGCAGUUCUCCA